GCAACAAGAAAACAAAAAGAGUCACAGAAUCAAGUGAUAUAGUCACACAUUAAAACUUUUUCAGAGUUGCCAUAUCUUUUUGACAUCAAACUGUACGAAAAAAAAAAAUGGAGUCACCAGUCACAGGAUUAAGAUGCAGAACAACAGGACCAUCAUUUCUAAAGCCAAUAGAUACAAAGAGGAAAGCCAUUGAAGAGUACGAAAUGGUGGCUGUGGAAACAGAACCAUUGAGUCCAACUGCUCGUUUGUUUCACGAUCCAACUUUUAAUGUCCAUGUCGUUGCUAUUAUGGCCACAAAAACUCGGAUUUCACCUCAGCCUGUCAAGGAGAAGUUGGAGCUUACUUUGCUUAAGCAUCCUCGUUUCACUAGCUUGCUGGUUGUGGAUGAAGAUAAUUCAGCAGACAUGAAAUGGGUGCAAACAAAAGUUGAUUUGGAGCAACAUGUUAUAGUACUAGAAGUGGAUGAAAGUCAAUUGACCGAAUCACCAGAAAAGUUCGUGGAGGAUUAUAUUUACAACCUUAGCAAAACCAACCUCGACAAAUCAAAGCCACUUUGGGACCUUCACAUUAUCAAUGUCAAAACUCGCGAUGCAGAGUCCGUGGCAUUUCUCCGUGUUCACCAUUCUCUUGGUGAUGGCACCUCUCUUAUUUCUCUUUUACUCGCGUGCACUCGCCAAACUGCUGAUGAUCUCAAGCUUCCUACAAUCCCAACCAAAAAACGGAGGCCUACACCUUCAGGUUAUUCAGAAAAGGAAGGGUCGUUCAGAUUAUGGCAGUAUUUGGGAAAAUUUUGGCUUUUCAUAAACAUGAUACUCAAUACUAUAGUGGAUCUUUUGAUGUUCUUAGCCACAGUCAUCUUUUUUAAGGAUACAAAAACUCCAAUGGCAGCUCCACCUAACUCUGCGUCUAACGGUAGACGAAUAGUUCACAGGAUAAUCAAUUUGGAUGAUUUGAAGUUGGUGAAAAAUGCUAUGAAUGUGACUAUAAAUGAUGUUGCCCUGGGAAUAACACAAGCUGGUUUAUCUAAAUAUCUCAAUAGAAGAUAUGCCGUUGGUAAGGAAGAUAAGGGAGCCACUGAGAGAAACAACAAUCUUCCCAAGGACAUUCGACUACGAUCAUGUCUUAUUAUAAACCUAAGACCCUCUGCAGGAAUUGAAGAUUUAGCAGAUAUGAUGGAGAAGGGCACAAAACAAAAGGGAGGUUGGGGAAAUUGGUUUGGUUAUGUGCUCUUACCUUUCAAGAUUGCAUUGCGUGAUGAUCCUUUAGAUUAUGUUAAAGAAGCAAAGGCAACAGUAGAUCGCAAGAAACGCUCAUUUGAAGCUUUAAUCACAAUGAUGUUAGCUGAAGUACUAGUCAAAAUAUUUGGUGCCAAGGUAGCAACAGCAGUGACUGUGAGAGCAUUCUCAAAUACAACAGUAUGCUUCACCAACUUGGUUGGACCACAGGAAGAAAUUGGGUUCUGUGGCAACCCUAUUACUUAUCUUGCUCCAGGUGCUUAUGGGCAGCCAAGUUGUAGCAAAAACAAUCAGAAUUGUGAUUCUUGCGGAACACAAGAACCCGAGAGUAACGAGUUCAUAUCAGCACUAGCAGCUGGUAUGAGUGCCAAAUUAAUGGUAGAAGUCACCUCUGAAGUCUCUCCAUCAACUGUGGCUUUAGCAGCAGCUGCUCGUCAAACAGGAGGUAAAGUUGUAUGCAUUAUUCCGGAGCAAAAACUGGACAAGACACAAAAAGUGAUUGAAGAAACAGGGCUAAAUGACAUGGUAGACUUCAAGACUGGGGACCCUGUUGAUGUCUUGCCUCACUACGAGAACAUCGAUUUCUCUCUCGUUGAUUGCAAGACUAAAAACUACGAUAUGUUGAUCGAAAAACUUGAUGUUAAUCCCGAAAGAUCAGUUGUAGUCACAAAUAAUGUAGAAGGGAGAAAUGGGGUUAGAGGAAAAUUGAAAAAAGUGGAGAAUGAGGUUAACAUAUAUUCAACAAAGCAUCAUAUAGGUAAAGGUUUAGAGGUUACUAUGAUAGAAAGAAGCAGAUUAGGAAGUCAUAGUCAUGGUCAUCAAAGAGGAGAAAAAAAGAGGGGUAAAGUGAAAUUGAGUGAAAAAAGCAAAUGGGUGUUUGAAAUUGAUGAAAAAAGUGGUGAAGAACAUAUAUAUAGGACGAAAAAUUGAUUGGGGUAUAAGUUUUUAAGCGAAGAAAAGAGGUGUGACAAUACUCUUAAGAUAAAGUUACCGAUCAAUUGCGGUCAAGUGUGUGUAGAUAAAUAGAGAGCUACUUUUCUUUUCUUGUUGUAAUUGUUUUAGAUUUGAUUAACCUCCCUCCCUAUCCUUUUCUUUCCUCUUCAA